AUGGCGUCAGGCCAAGGUAGUUCCGCGCGGCGGCCUCGGCCGCUAGGUUUAGUUGGGCUACGGACAGCAACCUUCGCGCCGCCACUCGUGCAGAGGAACCUGCAGCCCGUCGUUCCCCCGGGCAACCCUGUGCGCCACGUCGGGCUAAUGCGGCCGCACGGUUCCUCCCUCGUCGGUGGGAUCAACACCAUCUUCUCCGGCGGCUCCAUGGCAGGGACUUCGAGCGGGAGCGGCGCAGGGACUUCGAGCGGGAGCGGCGUAGGGACAGCGAACGGGAGCGCAAGCGAGCCACUUCAGGCCGUGCGGCGAGUGGGACUGAGCCGUCGCCGGCAGUUAUCUCGGGCAAGCAGCAUCGUCACCGCGGACCCUCCGUUGAAUCUUGGCGGCGGCUUCCGCAUCGACACCUCUUCGGCCUUCUUCCAGCACGGCAGGAGUAGCGGCAUGGGUGGCAAUAUGGAUGGCAUCGGAAGCUCUUCGUUUGUGCAUGCUGAAAGUAGUGACCAAGGUGAGAGAAGAAGCUUCGGUGUGGAGAACAAUGCCUCUGGUCAGGGCUACCGCGGCCCAGAAUAUAACCCUAAUUUUGAGAACGCCGAUGAGUAUCCUCCUAGCCAACAACAUGUACAGGCUAAUCCGCCCCCGGCUAUCGAUUUGAAUGUCAUGGCAAAUAAGCCUACAAGGACGUACUAUAGUACGGAAGUGAAACGGCAAAUAUAUUCAUGGAUUUUGCAACGCAAUGGAACAUCCACAAAAAUGAAACGUGGAGUUUCAGCUGCGGUUGCAGAGCUGGCUAAAUGUCCAAGGAGGGUAGUCACAAGGAUUUGGAGACAGGGAUUGAAAGAAGGUGGCAUAAAUAACGUCAAGUGCAGGAAGAAGAUGAAGUGCGGCAGGAAGAAAAUCAACUUGGACAUUGAAGCAUUGGAAGCUAUCCCUACAAAUGAACGCACCACUCUACGUCAGGUAGCUGCAGCUAUGAACAUGCCAACGACCACUAUUUUCCGGAGGUUAAAAGAGAAGCAAAUAAGGAGGGUUACAAGUGAACUAAAACCCAUGUUGACAGAAGAGAACAUGAAGGCACGCGUGGGAUAUUGUCUCCAACAUAUUGAGCCUUCUACCUUCCAAGAUGAUGAUCCCACUUUCAAGGCUGGUUUCAAUGUAGUUCAUAUUGAUGAGAAGUGGUUCUUUCGAAUCAGGAAGAAAGAAAAUGUAUAUUUGAGCCAUAGAGAGGAAGCCCCAAAGAGAGAGACUAAGAAUAAGGGUCAUAUUCAGAAGAUAAUGUUUAUUUCGGCAAUGGCUAGACCAAGAUAUGAUGCCGAAGGAAACUGUAUCUUUGACGGGAAGAUUGGGGUGUGGGCUUAUGUUGAAUGGGUUCAAGCACAAAAGAAAAGUGUUAAUAGGGAAAAGGGAGAGUGGGAGCUCAAGCCUUGCACGGACGUUGACAAGGCUAAGAGCAGGGAGUACCUAGUUAAGUUUGUGCUACCUGCUAUCAAGGCUAAGUGGCCGGCUAGUGACAGGUACAAAACAGUGUUCAUUCAACAAGAUAACGCUAGGACUCAUAUUCAGCCGGAUGAUCCAGUAUUUCUUACCGAGGCUGCUAGAGGAGGAUGGGACAUUAGGAUGGUUUUUCAACCUCCUAACUCACCGGAUACAAACAUUUUGGAUCUUGGUUGGUUUGCUUCUAUCCAAUCUAUGUUUCAGAAAAAGAUGCCAAAGACUCUUCCUGAAAUACUUUCCAAGGUGAACCAGUCCUUAGCCGAAUACCCACAUGAAAAGCUAAAUAGGAUAUUCUUGAGCCACCAAGCAUGCAUGAGGGAGAUCAUACGCAGGAAAGGGACCAUUCACUAUGAUGUACCCCACUUGAAGAAAAAAGUUCUUGAGAGACAAGGAAAAUUGCCAAUCCGUUUGACAAUUGACAAGGAGUACGUAGACGCGGCAAUAGAGUGGCUAAAUGCAAAUCAUGUUGUCUAAAAUUGUAGCAAAUCAUGCAAUGUGUGGACUGGUCUGAGCUCAAGUUGUAAUGGUUGGACAUUGCCCCAAGUUUUAAAGUUUGAUCUUAUCAUGUCGUGGCAGAAAAUGAUGAAUUACAAGUUGCAUGAGUAUAAAAUAAUAUAGGAUCCAAAAUAGUUCAAAU